AUGUCGCCGUCUUCACAAUCCACUGGCCCUUUUCGGGUCGUUGAGCAUAUCGUCGAAUGCCAACAUAUUAGGGAGUAUCCUGCGGCGACGGCAAAUGGCCAAGAAGAUGUAUUAAACUUGGUGGUAAAACAAUAUAUCCCACUCGAUAAUCCCAACCCACAGCCAGGGGAUGUAACGAUUCUUGCUGCGCAUGCGAAUGGGUUUCCUAAGGAGCUUUACGAACCUCUAUGGGAGGAACUGUACGCUCGAUCAAAAGCCAAUGGCUUCCGAAUCAGAAGUAUAUGGAUGGCGGAUGUCGCGCACCAGGGCGAGAGCAGCGUUGUAAAUGAGGAUCUCUUGGGCAACGACCCCAGCUGGUUCGACCACCCCAGAGACCUCCUUCACCUUAUCAACGUCAAGCGCAAAGAGAUGCCUCGCCCCAUCGUCGGGAUAGGCCACAGUAUGGGCGGUGCACAUCUCGCCCAGCUAUGCCUAAUGCACCCACGUCUCGUCCACAGCUUAGUCCUUCUGGACCCCGUAAUACAGCGUGAAUCCACCCAGCUCGACGGGCUCGAAAUGGCCAUGCGACAUAGACAACGGAUCGCCAAAACGACCCAAUUAUCCACCUACCGACGGGACACAUGGCCAUCCCGUAAAGCCGCUGCGGAGGCCUUCAAGAAAAACCCGUUCUACCUAGCCUGGGAUUCUCGCGUCCUCGACCGCUGGAUCGAGCACGGUCUCCGCGAGCUCCCCACGGCCAUUCACCCUCUGGACGAAUCCCAGCAAAAGGAGGGAAGCAAAGACCGCCCCGUUACUCUGCGAACAACCCUUCAUCAAGAAGUCUUUACCUUCUCGCGUCCCAACUACGAUGGUCCCCCCGGAAAAAAGGUUCCCGUGAACAAAGUGACUCACCCGGAUUUAAAUCCCGAACAUCUAGGUUCGUGGCCGUUUUACCGGCCAGAACCGUCGCGAGUGUUCGCUAUGCUCCCGCAUCUCCGUCCUAGCGUCUGCUACGUUUUCGGAGGGAAAUCGGAUAUGUGCUUGCCUGACAUGAUGGCGGAUAAGAUGGCUGCUACAGGAACGGGGCUGGGAGGUAGUGGUGGGGCCCCUGCUGGUCGGGUGCGCGAUGUUUAUCUUGCCGAAUAUGGCCACCUGCUUGCUCAGGAGGCUCCCAAAGAGUGUGCUGAGGCAGCGGGUAAAUGGCUCGGUGCUGAAUUAGAGCGAUGGAGAACUGAGGAGCGAGAGUUCCAGGAACAGUGGAGUCGGAAGUCAAAGGUCGAGAAAGUCACAAUUGAUUCUCGGUGGAAGGACCAUGUUCCGCGUCCAGAGCGGCCGAAGAAGCCUGCCCAGUCGAAGCUGUGA